AUGGAAAGGAGAGAGGAUGAUAGACAAUGGGAGAAUGAGAAAUGGGUGGAUGAUAAUAAGAAGUUCAUCAUUGAGAAUAGAUUAAGAAAAGAUAAUACUUAGAAAAGAUAGUAGAUGCAGGCGUACAAUCAAAGUGAGGGAUUUGUAGUUCAUUGGGAUUAUACUUUAGGAUUACCUAGAAGGAGUAAUUACAGUUAGGUUGUAUUUGGAGUUUAUAAUGGAUAACAAGUGAUUUGUUAGCCCAGAUUAGUUGAACCAAGAGAAAGUGAGACAGAAAAUUAAAAUCAUAAUAGAUGCAUCUUUGGAGAUUCUCACUAAGUUUUUGAGGUACCUGCGCAUCCAGAUACUCUGAUGAUCAUGGAAGUUCAAAUUCCUUUUAGCAAAAGAGUUGAGGAUAACGUAGGUAGAACUGAAACUUAUGGAUGGACUUAAGUGGAUCUAUUUGAUCAUAACAAAUAAUUGAAACGAGGAAAAUUUAAAUGUCCUGUUUAUUAUGGACCUACAAGUCCAGAGAUUACUGUGGAAGAGAUCUAGAACUUAGAGCCCAUUCCUAAUUGUUGGGUCUAUUUUAGAAUAGGAUAUCCUAAUGAUAAAGAUUAUGGGGAAGUCAAAACUAUUUAUCCUGAAUAAACUCAACAUGAAUACAUAAUGAGCGUAUUAUUCAUCUGA